AUGCAGUUCAAGUACCUCCUCGCCGCCGUGCUGGGUGCGGCCGCAGUCGCAGCGAUUGGUGACACUCCGGCCGUUGCGGUUGUUCAUGUCGUCACCACAGUCAGCGAGUUCCCAGCCGUGUCGGUCUCCACCGUCUACUCCACUAGCGAGGUCACCGUCUUCAGCUGUCCUUCCAAUGUCACAAGCUGCCCUGUCUCCGGCUCGGCCUCCAUCUACACCUCCGUCGUUGCUGUUUCAACCACAAUCUGCCCAGUAACCUUGACUGCUGUCGGCUCAGCCACCACCACGCCUUCGAGCGGUAUUCUCCCCCCGACUCCAUCCCCCAGCAGCUCCACGGCUGGUGCAGAAACAGGGUCCUCAUCAAGUGGUUCGGCUAGCACCCGGACAAUCUACUCAACAGUGACUCAGAGCGCAACUUCCACCGUCACACUCGGCUUGUCAUCGGGCAGCGUGUCUAGCACUUCAUCAUACGGAUCUGCCAUUCAGUCAGCCCCGUCGGGUAGCCUUUCGAGCGUCGGUCCGUCUAUGCCAGCCAGUGGCAGCACGUCCAGCUCACCUCUUACUGGCUCUUCAAGCUUGACUUCAACCACUCCGGCGAGCCCCUCAAGCGACAGUACCUUCAGCGGUCCAGCCUCCGUGGGUUCGUCGAAUGCAUCACCUUCGGGCUAUUCGUCUUCUCCUAGUGCUUCAGGCAGUGCCAGUGAUUCCGCUGCUGGAAGCUCCUCUCAUGCAUCCAGCUCAAGCUAUGCCACGCCCUUCGUGCCGUACCCUGGCAUGAUCCCACUGUCCAGCAGCUCGGCUGUCGGCGCGGUAACCGGAUCGUCGAGCUCUGCUGGGUCCACCACCCAUUUGCAGCUCACCGUCACCCAGACUGUGAUCAGCACCACCCAAGUCUCGGUCUCAACAAGCUCCUCUGCUCUGUCUACGUCCGGCUCCAGCGCUGAGGCUGCGAAUAACGGCACGAGCGCUUCUGCAACCACGCCGCUCAGCCCCUACACCCCUUACCAGCCGGGAGUCGGUGCUUCUAGCAGCAGCAGCGCCGCAGCGGGUGCCAUCGGAGCCACGGGAACCGGUGGUAUGCCGGCCUCGACUGCCAACGGCACCGUCGCCAGCCCCUCAGCUACCGUUCCUGUCUUCACCGGUGGCAGCACUUCUGCUGACUCGAUGAACUGGAGCCGCUUUAGCUGCUUCGCGUUGGCCAUGAUCACGGUCAUCGUGGUUUGCUAA